ACAAAACAAUUUUUUUUUGUUUCUUUUCUUACAUCUUAUAUCUUUGUUUUGUUGUUCAGAUGGAUUAAUUGUGUCUUUCAUUGAUCUUAGUCUUAUUAUAUUUUAAGCUUAGGGUUGUAAUUCAGUAGCAAAAGUGUUUUGGUACUUCUUUUUUCUUCAAAGGAGCUUUUGAUCAGGUUCAUUGGAAAAGGCAAACAAACCAUGUUGCAAGACAUGAUUCAUCCACCGGAGCAGCAGCUUCCCAUUGAUGAUAUACCAAGCCCGAUCAGUGGUCCGAUUUUCGAUUUUUCCGAUACUGAUCUUUUCUCAGAAGCCCUGCAAAACUCUGAGGUUACUUCGUCUAAUUGUUGCUAUGAAGAGAGCUCUUCCUUUGGCAAUAAUCUUACCAUACCACCUGAUAUUGAACAACUCAAUGGCUACCAAGAUAACAAUGGAAAUAAUAACUCAGCUACCCCCAAUGCCACCACCACUACCACCACCACAAGCGCCAACACAAGCGCCACAGCUGCCACUAGCAAUAAUAACAAUAGCAAUCUGUCCAUAAUCUUUGAUUCCCCAGAUGAAAUCGACAAUGACAUUUCUGAUUCUAUAGACUUUUCUCAAUCCCCUUCUUUUUCUGUCCCACCAUUUCUUACUCAACAAGACCAAUUUGACCUGUCUUUAGUGCAAUCUCAAAUCCAAUUAGCGGAUGUUGCAGCUGAUGGGCUCUCACAGUACAGUGCUGACCUUGUUGCCCCUCUUAUGGGGCCUCCAUUACCAUCUGUUCUCGACGAAGAUUGCUUGUCUUUUCUGCCUUCUUAUGUACCUUUAAACCCUUCAUCUCCUUCUUGUUCUUUUCUUGGUCCGGGCAUGGCUACUUUCAUGCCCGUUGGGGCUUUAACUGCUGCAUUGUCUGCUGAUAGUUCUGGGAUUUUCGCUGAGAGCAUUCUUAUGGGUUCUGAACUGCAACCACAAGACUUGGAAUACCAGGGUGAUAACGCUGGAAUUUUCUGUCCAGAUUCAAUGCAGCGCGUUUUUAACCCUGGAGACUUACAGGGUCUCAGCAGUGACAGUACUCAACAACUGGUGGGAGCAGUUGUCAGCUCUACUCCUUUAGCAUCAGAGAUCUCAAGCUUGGAAGAUUCAACUUUCAACAAAGUUGGAAAACUUUCUGUUGAACAAAGGAAGGAGAAGAUCCAUAGGUACAUGAAGAAAAGGAAUGAGAGGAACUUCAGCAAGAAAAUCAAGUAUGCCUGCCGCAAGACACUAGCUGACAGCCGACCUCGAGUCAGAGGAAGAUUUGCAAAGAAUGAUGAUUUUGGAGAGGCCCUUAGACAAGCUUGUAGCAAUCAUGAAGAAGAUGAUGAUGAUGAAGUUGUUGUGAAAGAAGAGGGAGACAUGGCUGAUUCCUCCGAUAUUUUUGCUCACAUUAGUGGUGUCAACUCCUUUAAAUGCAAUUACCCUAUCCAGUCCUGGAUUUGAAUAUAGUUUCAUUAACAACAAGUCUACUACAAUUUUGCAGGACCCCAGUUUCAGACAGGAUUUCUUCAUCUGAGUUUGAUCUUAAAAAACAAAAAAACAAAAAGAGAAAAAAAAAAGAAAUAAUUGGGUCCUAUUGUAUACAAAUAAUCAAGUCAGGAUACUAUAGACAGUCAAUAAAACAGUAACUUCUGUAGAUAUGUAUAUCACCCCCCUUGUAUCAAGUUCAAUGUCUGUGAUCUGCAGAAUUGACAAUCCUAUGGCAUCCCCUACUUGCCAGAAAUCACUGGUUGAAGAAAUUAAUUUAUAUUAGAUUGCGACUUUAAACAAACACUUGUAUUGUUGAGUUGCUUGAAUCAUGUAGUACAAAUUAAUUUCUUCAAAGUGAAAAACAUUGGAUUUUAGAUGCUGGAUGUCCUUCAGAUCAAUGCAUUUUUUUUUUU